AACGAAAAAAAUUUUGAUUCGUGUUUGUCUAUUGACAUUUGUCAAUGUUAUUUUGAACUUUGAUUUUUGACGCCAAUCGCCAUAAACAAAAGUUGAAGUUGAAGUUUGAUUUUUGUGUAAGAAAAGAAAAACAAGUUAAAUAAGUGCCUAAGAAAUUGAAUGUAAAUCGAAAGAAGUUAUUAACCGCAGCUAUCAUGACCAUGAGACCGGACGACCAUCGUCGGAAGUGGGAUAAAGAUGAAUUCGAACGAAUCGCAGAAGAACGAAUCCAAGCAGAGUUUGAUGAAGAGGAAAGAUUAAAAAAGAAAGCUCCAGUUAUUAAAAGAGAAUUAUUAAAACAACGUGAAUACAAAGUAGAUUUGGACUCAAAAUUGGGCAAAAGUGUGGUGAUAACCAAAAACACUCCUACCUCACAGUCCGGGGGCUACUACUGCAAUGUAUGCGACUGUGUUGUCAAAGAUUCAAUUAACUUCUUGGACCAUAUCAAUGGAAAAAAACACCAAAGGAAUCUUGGUAUGUCGAUGAAAAUUGAGAGAAGCACAUUAGAUCAGGUAAAAGCCAGAUUUGCACACAACAAAAGAAAGUUGGAAGAAAAGAAGGAUGAGUAUGAACUUGAUACCAGGCUCAAAGAGGCUGCAGAGGAGGAAGCCCGAAUAAAAGAACUGCGACGCGAAAGACGUCGUGAUAAAAAACGCAAACUCCAGGAGACUGACGAUACAGAUGAUGUCCCUGCUCAGUCAGAAUUAGCACAAAUUAUGGGCUUUUCUGGCUUUGGCGCAUCUAAAAAGUAGCAAAUCGAAAAAUGCUACAUAAAAACUAGAUUACUCUUUUAUUUAUUGGACUAUGCAAUAAAUAAAGGAAUAAUCCUGCAAUCUUGUUUAAGUAAAAGAUAAUAGAAGAAACAUUGUGGUGACCUGACUGAAUUAUGUGCAAAUGAUAUAAAUUUGCUUAAUUAAUAUUAUGUAGGUACACAAUUUUAAUAAAUAAUUAUCAUUA